AUGGAUUUUUCCAAGUUUGGCAAGGGUCUCUCCGACUUUGGUGCGUCGAUCACGCCGUUUGCGUCGCGCACCUUUCAGUACACCAAGGAGCAGUUUGGCCAGUCCGAUGACAAGACUCAGCUGCCCGCCGACUACAUCGACCUCGAGAAGAAGGUCGAUGCCCUCAAGCAGGCUCACCAGAAGAUGCUCACUGUUACCCAGCAAUAUCAGAACGAAGCAUACGACUACCCCCCGAACGUAAAGGAGACCUUCCAGGAUCUCGGCCGCACCGUCAGCGAAAAGGUCAGCCUCCUGUCCUCGGCCACCAGUACCGCCGAAGCCCAGGCCGCUCUCGUCGCGCCCCCGACCGCCAAGCCCCAGCCCAAGACCUUUAGCCAUGCCAUGGCCCGCGCCAGUCUUGCCUCGAGCCAGACCCUGCACCAGAACCACACCGGUGCCGGUGAGGACCCUCUGGCCACCGCCCUCGAAAAGUACGCGCUCUCCAUGGAGCGCGUCGGCGAGGCCCGUCUUGCGCAGGACUCGCAGAUCCAGAGCCGCUUCCUCGCGGGCUGGAACACCACCCUCAACACCAACAUCAUGUUCGCGACCCGCGCCAGGAAGAAUGUUGAAAAGUCUAGACUCUCCCUGGACGCGGUCAAGGCCCACGCCAAAGGUACUACCUUCAAGCUCGGCCAGGCCAAUGCUGCUGGGCAGGAGGAGCCCGAGCUUAGCCCCGAGGCCCAAGAGGAGAUUGAAAAGGCCGAGGACGAGUUUGUCACUCAGACCGAGGAGGCUGUCGGCGUCAUGAAGAACGUUCUCGAUACCCCCGAGCCUCUGCGUAACCUGUCUGAGCUCGUCAAUGCCCAGAUUGAGUACCACAAAAAGGCCUCUGAGAUUCUCAGCGAACUUGCUCCCAUGAUUGAGCAGCUGCAGACCGAGCAAGAGGCCAACUACCGCAAGAGCCGUGAAGAGGCUGCUUAA